UGAAUUUCCCUCCGAAGGGACGCAAAGGGCAUAGUGAAAAGAGAGGGCCAGUAGCCGAGAAGAGCCGAUGGAAAGAGAAGAAACUGUUGAAUUAAAGCAUAAAUUAAAUCUAAUUAAUCCAAAUGCUGAUGCCAAGGGAGAGUUACUGUUCAGACUUUCUCUGUCCUUUUGCCUUACCUGCUAAGCUUAAUUUCUAUUUCUGUUUCGUUUUGAUUCCAAUACAAAACCCUCCUCUUUUCUCUCUCGAAUCUUCUUAGCUUCGCCUUCUCAAUCACACCCACCCAUAUGUAGAAGAUGAUGCUUUCAUUUAUAUAGACACUGCUGCAAUUCAAAUUCUGAGGAGAGGGAGCUGUUUUGGUUUAGAUUUGGACGAAGAAAUGGAUAAGAGUAAGAAGAAAGAACUAAUUCGAUUGGAAAGGGAAUCUGUAAUUCCAAUUCUCAAGCCUAAGCUCAUCAUGACAUUGGCCAACCUCAUUGAACAUAGUUCUGACCGGGCUGAAUUUCUAAAACUAUGCAAGAGAGUUGAGUACACAAUUCGAGCUUGGUAUCUUCUGCAGUUUGAAGAUUUGAUGCAACUAUAUUCCCUGUUUGACCCAGUAACUGGGGCUCAGAAAUUGGAGCAGCAGAAACUAUCUCCUGAAGAAAUUGAUGUGCUUGAACAGAAUUUCCUAACAUACUUAUUUCAGGUGAUGGAUAAAAGCAACUUCAAGAUAGCAACUAAUGAGGAGAUUGAUGUUGCACUCUCAGGGCAGUAUCUCUUAAACCUUCCCAUCAAAGUAGAUGAAUCCAAGCUCGACAAGGAGCUUUUUAAGAAGUAUUUUGCUGAGCAUCCUCGUGAAGAUCUUCCUGACUUUGUUGAUAAGUACGUUAUUUUUCGACGUGGGAUCGGAAUGGAUCGGACAACUGAUUAUUUUGUCAUGGAGAAAGUGGACAUGCUCAUUGCACGUUUUUGGGCAUAUAUUCUAAGAGUAACUCGGUUAGAAAAACUUUUGCAUAGAAGAUCAAGUGGAUGGCGUAAAAAAGAUCCAAAAAAGAAUGAUGAAAUUAACUCUGAAGUAGCUCAGGAAGACUUGUGUGUUGAACGAAUUCGUCUUGAGAAUAUGGAACUAAGUGUUAGGAAUUUGCUAAGCAGUACUACAAUUCAAGAACCUACAUUUGAUAGGAUAAUAGUUGUUUACAGGGGAGUGAGUACCAAGUCAAAAACAGAACGAGGAAUAUAUGUGAAGCAUUUCAAAAAUAUUCCAAUGGCCGAUAUGGAAAUAGUUCUUCCUGAAAAGAAAAAUCCUGGUUUAACUCCAAUGGACUGGGUCAAAUUCUUGGGUACUGCCAUAGUUGGGCUGGUUGCUGUGAGUAGUUCAGUUGAAAUGCCUAAGGCUGAUCUCUGGGUCAUUUUUGCUAUACUUUCCACUGUGAUUGGUUACUUUGCCAAGACAUACUUCACGUUUCAGCAAAACUUGGCUGCAUAUCAGAACUUAAUUACACAGUCCAUGUACGACAAGCAGUUAGAUAGUGGAAGGGGUACUCUUCUGCACCUGUGUGAUGAUGUGAUUCAACAGGAAGUCAAAGAGGUUCUUAUCUCAUUCUUCAUAUUGAUGGAACAGGGCAAGGCUACAAUGCAGGAUUUGGAUCUGCGGUGUGAGGAAUUAAUUCAAGAAGAGUUUGGAGAGAGCUGUAAUUUUGAUGUGGAUGAUGCAGUUCAGAAGUUAGAGAAGUUGGGCAUUGUUGCUCGGGAUACUCUUGGACGGUAUUAUUGUGUUGGCCUAAAACGUGCCAAUGAGAUUAUUGGCACCACUACUGAAGAGCUUGUCCUCAAGGCAAAACAGGGUGUUAGCACUUGAUGUUCUCUCGGGAAGGUUUGCUUACCGUCAACAGUUAUCUGUAGUUGCAGCUGCGCCUGUGAGCACCGGCAGAUGUCUGAUGCGGUGGUUUACCUGAUUGCUUCUUUAUUCUAUUUUCUACUUCAAUAGUGUGUUAAUAUUGUAAAUGCAGAACGCAUAUGAGAGGUGACUUGCAUUGAUGUUGAUAUUCUUCAGAAAAUAUUAUGAGAACAAUAAUUUAUCCUUUAUUGUUUAAUAA